GUCAGAAGCACGUGGGAUUAUUGAGAAGGCUCAUAAAUGUCUCCGGUCCCUUCUUCUUCUUCGUUGCAUUGGCGCGUACCUCAAAUCUUAAAAGAUACGGAGUGUAGAUGAGAGAUUAAUGGUUAUGUUCUUCAAGCUCAGACAGAGCAGGUUCGGGGCCAACAGACUGCCAUUAAUUUGGUGGCCAAUUCAAGCUCGCCCAGAUUUUGAGUUUUACGGCGAAGGGAGCAUUUAAAUGGAAGUAUCCAUCACACUGCUUAGCUUUCUUUCAUCCGCCUCUUUCUGAAUUACUAGGCCGGCCGGCGCAUUUCUUUUGCUGCUAUCCCUCCUCUCACUCUAAGGUUUCUGGUCUUAGAAGGUUAUGGAUCAUCCUCUCAGAGGGCUGCCUGAGACCUCUAUAAACAGGUUCGAGUUAGAGAAUGAAGUCAUUUUUCCGACUGUUGAACAAUCACUGGGCAUUCCAGACAAUGAUAAUAUUCAUGGCCUUGGUACUCAUUCUCCUGCUUUGGACUCUGAUCCUAUGCUAGACUAUAUUUGCCAGAUUCUACUGGAGGAGGAUAGCAUUGAUGGGAACAAUCACAACAUGUUCUUUGACCCCAUUGCUCUUACAGCUACUGAGAAAUCGUUUUAUGAAGCCUUGCGUGGUAACCCUUCCUCGCCUUUUUACACUAAUGAUAUUGAUCCUGCAGAAUCUAAAUCAUCUGUGACCUAUGAUUUGAGCUAUGAUGUUGAUUCUGUUGAAUCUAUAUUAUCUGUCACAUGUGAUCAUACGGAUCUUACCAUCCAGCCAUCAUCAAGGCAGACUAACAUGGAUGGGCUAAAUGGGGCUUCACGUAGCCUUCAUAGCCUUAAAUUGGUUCCAAAUUUAGGUUGUGAUCACAGUGAGUCGAUGUUGAAAUUAAAGAGAGGUGUGAAGGUAGCUGAUAAAUACGGAUUGCCUACAGAGGCCAAAAGUGAUCUCAUCCCUAUAGAGAAGGACCAAUCAGCUGACUUGUGUAGAGGAAGGAAACAUUACCAUCCAGAUGAAAUUGGGUUGGAAGAAAGGAGAAGCAAGCAGUCUGCAGUAUAUAAGGAGGAGGCUGAGUUGUCAGAGGUGUUUGACAAAGUUUUGUUGUGCACUGAUGAUAAUGACUCUCCAUCCAGAGUCAGCCGCCCACAACACAAAGGGCGAAGUGGUCGCAAGAGCCAUUCAAAGAAAAGAAGAGAUAAUUGUGAAAUUGUUGAUCUAGAGUCUCUUUUAACCAGCUGUGCACAAUCUGUUGCUGCUAAUGAUUAUAGGGCUGCAGAAGUUAAAUUAAAGAAGAUCAGGCAGCACUCUUCGCCUGCCGGCGAUGCAAACCAAAGGUUGGCUAACAUAUUUGCUGACAGUCUUGAGGCACGGUUGGCUGGAACUGGGACACAGCUGUGUGCGGCUUUAUCUCCUAAUAACAUCAUAAUCACCGAGACGCUAAAAUCCUACCUGUCAUGUUUGCCAUUUACGAGAAUAUCAAUUUUAUUUGCUAAUAACAUGAUUUACGAAGUAGCAUCAGAAGUUGCAUCACUGCAUGUUAUAGAUUUUGGUAUUCUUUACGGUAUCCAGUGGCCCACUCUUAUUCGGGAUCUGUCACAGAGACCUGGUGGUCCUCCAAAACUUCGAAUAACAGGGAUUGAUCUUCCACAACCUGGUUUUCGUCCAUCACAAAUGUUAGAGGAAACUGGUUGUCGUUUGGCAAAAUAUUGUGAGCGUUUCGGUGUGCCAUUCGAGUACAAUUCCAUAAUAGCGAACAAUUGGGAGACACUUAAAACCGCUGAAUUUAAGCUUGUAAAGGGUGAGGUGGUUGCUGUUAACUGUAUUGAUCGACUCGAACACCUUUUGGAUGAAACAGUAGUUAUUGGGGAAAGCCCAAAGGAUGCAAUUCUAAAUUUAAUUCGGGAAGUAAAUCCUCAUAUAUUUGUGCAAUCUGUCCGUAGUGGAGCUCACAACUCUCCUUUCUUUCUCACUCGGUUUCGGGAGGCUCUCUCCUUCUAUUCUGCUGUCUUUGAUAUGACAGAUGCUACUUUACCUAGCCAUGGUAAUGAGAGGUCGAAUUUCGAAGAACAAUUUUUGAGACGCGAUAUAAUCAAUAUCAUUGCAUGUGAGGGCAUGGAAAGAUUGGUGAGGCCUAACACAUACAAACAGUGGCACUCUCGCAUGAUGAGGAUUGGCUUCACUCCCAUAUCCAUAAACCCUGAACUUAUGAAGAAGUACAUGUGCAAGGUGAGGGAAGGAUAUCACAAAGAUUUUCUUUUUGCACAAGACGGCCAUUGGAUCCUACAGGGAUGGAAAGGCCGGAUUUUUGGUGGUACCUCUUGCUGGGUAAGUGCACAACGUACUCACAACCUCUGAUUAUAUAACUUACAUCUUUCAGCAUUUUGAAAACUUUACACACAGUAAAUUUUGAGCAAUAUUGCAAUUCCCAUUUCAUGCUUUCACACGUUGCUGUCUUUACAAUAUAGCUCACAAGUCUCAAGUUAUUCUCAAGAGUUUAAAGCCUUAAGUUGUUGACAAGAAAAUCAAAAUGGAUUAUGUAUCCUGUCAAGGUUUUUGCUUGCUAGCUAGCUUCAUAUAUUCCUCUUGUAAGAAGAAGAAUGUUCAAAGUGACAUGUCUAUGUGAACGUACAUUAUUGUCUUUAUGAAAGCUGUACUCUAAGAUGAAGCCUUUUUAUACUUUGCUGUUGCAUAUUGAUGCCAAUGAUUUGUUUCUCAUAA